AGUCCAGUCCAUUUCAGUUUUGUCCAGUCCAGUCCAGUGCAGUCCAGCCAAGUCCAAUCCAGUCCAGUCCAGUCUAAUCCACUACUGUCCAACCCAUUCCAGGCCAGUCCAGUCCAGCCCAGUCCAGUCCAGUCCAGUCCAGUCCAGUCCAGUCCAGUCCAUUCCAGUCCAAUCCAGUGCAGUCCAUUGCAAUCCAGUCCAGUCCAGUCCAGUCCAGUCCAGUCCAGUCCAGUCCAGUGUAGUCCACUCCUGUCCAGUCCAGUCCAGUCCAGUCCAGUCCAGUCCAGUCCAGUCGAGCGGAAUCCCGUACAGUCCAGGCCAGUCCAGACCAGUCCAGGCCAGUCCAAUGCAGUCCAUCCAGUCCAGUCCGGUCCUGGCCAGUCCAGUCACUAUAUACCGGUCCAUUCCAGUCCGGUCCAGUACAGUCCAGUCCACUGCAUAGCAGCACAGUUCACGCCAGUUCAGUACAGUCCAGGCCAGUGCAUUUUAGUAAAGUUAAGUCCACUCCAGUACAGUCCAGUCCAAUCCAGUCCAGUCCAGUCUAGUCAAGUCCACUCCAGUCCAGUCCAGUCCAGUCUAGUCCAGUCCAUUCCGGUCCAGUCCAAUCCCGUACACUCCAGUCCAGUCAAGUCCAUUCCGGUCCCGGCCAGUCCAGUCCAGUCGAGUACAGUCCAAUCCAGUCCAGUACACUCCAUACAGUCCAGUCCACUGCAGUCCAGUCAAGUCCAGUUCAGUCCAGUCAAGUCCAGUCCGGACCACACCAGUCCAUUCCAGUCCAAUCCGCUCCAGUACAGCCCAGUCCAGUCCAGUCCGGUCCCGGCCAGUCCAGUCCAGUCUAUUCCAGUCCAGUCCAGUCCAGUCCAGUCCAUUCUAGUCCAUUCCAGUCCGGUCCAGCUCAGUCCAAACCAUUCCAGUCCAGUCCAUUUCAGUUCUGUCCAUUCCAUUCCAGUGCAGUCCAGCCAAGUCCAAUCCAUUCCAGUCCAGUCUAAUCCAGUAGAGUCCAACUCAGUCCAGUCCAGUCCGGUCCUGGCCAGUCCAGUCAAUACCUACCAGUCCAUUCCAGUCCGGUCCAGUCCAGUCCAGUCCACCCAUAGCAGUCCAUUUCACACCAGUUCAGUACAGUCCAGUCCAAUCCAGUCCACUGCAGUUUGGUACAGUCAAGUCCACUCCAGUCCAGUCCAGUCCAGUCCAGUCCAGUCCAGGCCAGUCCAGUUCUUUCCAGUCCAGUCCAGUCAAGUCCAGUCCCGUCCAGUCCAGUCCAGUCCAGUCCAGUCCAGUCCAGUCCAGUGCAGUUUAGUAAAGUUAAGUCCACUCCAUUACAGUCCAGUCCAAUCCAGUCCAGUCCAGUUAAGUCAAGUCCACUCCAGUCCAGUCCUGUCCAGUCCAGUCCAAUACAAUCCUGUACACUCCAGUCCAGUCCAGUACAUUCCGGUCCCGGCCAGUACAUCCCAGUCGAGUGCAGUCCAAUCCAGUCCAGUACAAUCCAGUCCAAUCUAG